CUUACUACGUUCCCAUUUGAGCCCAACAACAUUUCUCUCAGUUAUGGCUGGCAUUCCAAGACCUUGGCUAAUCUUUUCUGGUUUCAUGAUAUUUUGACUUUUUGGACGUCUGUUUGGAGUGUACUUCGUAUCGUAGCUCGGAAACCUUCUUCUGCUUCUGCUUCGCCUUCCCCUUCCGCGAGAAUCGAACAUUGAAACCACAGCCUUUCUCGCAGUGGAGUCACACGCUGUUCUGUUCUGUUCUGUUCAAUUCAAUUCAGUUCAGUUCAGUUGUGUUCUGUUGUUCCAGCAUGCGCACGUCCUGAUCGAAGGUGUGCGUGCACACGCGGAUGGAAUUACAGUUUGGGACAUGGCAUGCGCACGCCAGUCUUGUAAUGUUGCGACACAUCACCUUGCUCCAUCAAUUCUCUCACGGGGGCUGGUCGCACCUGCCUCUCGGCGAGAGGAACAUCCGAAGGGUUUUUCGAUCCAGCUGCAAUUUUCUGGAAACACGUCCCAAUCUGAUUGCAGCUGAACAGGACUUGGCUCUCUUCUCACUCACUCUGCAGAGUCGACACCCGGCUCGCACUCUUGUUUCUCCACAUGUUUGACAAUUGCCCAGCUGCACACGGCACUCGAACUAGAACCCUAAAUAAGCUGCAGCGAUCAGGCAGGUGGAGACGAUGUGCCCACUCAUGCAAUGCUCCAAAAGGCUUGAAGAUUCUUCUCAAACACGUCGAACGAAUUUGAAGAGUAAAUUUCAGCAAAUACGAUAUGGAGACUUUGGAUAAGCUCUGUGAGCUCUCGUAUCGAGUUAUGGCGUUUUGGUAGAUGGUGACCAAACCAUCCAUGAUCCAUGAUCGGACCACAUCCUGGUGUACAUGGUUACGACAGACAGACGGACGGAGAGGCGGCAGAGGGUGGUUUUGUUCGUGGUUCGAGAGGAAAACUGCGAGAUUUAGAUUUCUCUCGCUCUGGCCAUCUGACUGUAGAGAAACCAGAGGACAGCAAUGUUGAGCAGAAAGGAUGGGAAGAGGCCAUGGAAUGAAAUCAUCUAUGAAUGGGAUGGAUGCCUCUAGCCCCAGAGAAUCACAAGGGGAAAUGGGAAAUAUGGGAUGUAGAGUGGUAAUAUGAGGUUUUUACAGUUGAACUGGAUCUGAACUUCUGAAGUGAAGGCGAGGGCAACACUGUAACAGAGGGUGGACUGUACGCAGCGUCUCGUAUGUCUGUGGCCGAUUCAUCGUCUGAUUAGCCUUCAAUGAUGUCGUGGCAGGGUUGUCAGAAUCGCUGACCUUCUUAUUAACGCUCGGUUCAAUUGAUGCAAAUGUUGCUAGCUCUGAAGUUACUGCGCUUGCAUACCUGGCAUUUCGAAAUCAUGAGCACAGAGAAUUAAUCGGUCUAGAGUCUGCAAUAUACGAUCCUGUACCAUCCUAUACGAUCCUAGAGUUUCAGAUGAUGCAGACGUCAGAUAGAUCUGACACUCGGAUGCCUCUGAAUCGCAAAGCCAUUAGAUUAAAGAGGGAGGACUCAGAGAUCGGAUACUUGGGGACUUUUAGCAGUAGAUUUCAUGCAGGUCCAGAUAGGCAAACUUUGUUUAUGUGCACAAACAUUUUCUCGUCCUGCAGAUUAGUCACCCAAACCUGUUGUUUAUGAUCUCCACGCUUGUCCGAUGGACAACCAACAACUGUGAUACAUUGUCAUACAAACUUGCAUCGACCACCUUUUUCGCGAGUCUCGACAGAAAAGCAUCUGAGAUUCAAAAUAAACUUUUGUGUAUAUUCCACAGCUCGGGAUAAAGCUUCUAAAGCCUGCUUCUUUUGCUGUAGAUAAGGGUAUGUUCCAACCUCGAAACUAGCACCUCCCCUUUCCGUAAACAAAUAAGCGC